AUGGGUAAUCAGUACGUGAAACCAGAACGCACGGGCAACUCGCCAUUCACCCGGUCCGGAGUUCCCCCGCCGGCCCUUGGCAAAACCGGUGACAAGCCGCUCCACAGGUAAUUUAUUCUAUAUUGCCGAAAUACGAUCCAGCUCGUUCAUUUCAUAAAAGUUCCAGGUCUAAUUUAUGACAUUCUUCAGAGUGAAUGAUCGUAUGUCUCUGGAAUUGCACAUGGCCGACGAGCGUGUCCGUGCCACCGGUUUGAGCCCAGCUGAAAGAGAAUGGAGAAAGAAAUGGGUUCAUGUGAGUUUUCAUUUAUAUUUUGGAGUUGAAAAGGUUAUUUUCAGGACCAACACCUGCAUGCCGACGAGCCAGUAGUUGUGGAUGCCGUUCACCGUCAGUUGAACCCAAUCAGAACCGCCUACAGACUUCCGUGGGACAAGUUUUACCUCCAUUACCUCAAAGUGAGUAUCUUCGUUUCGUUGUUUCUUUGUUUCCCUCGAAUUUUCAGCCAACGUUCGGAGUCUACUACGGAACUGCCAUCAGAGUGACCGUUCCGAAACUGAUCAUCGCGUUCGUCGUCGUGCAGACUGCCUAUUACUACUGGAAGUACGAGGUUAAGGACUGGACACACUUGCGAGGACUCGAGUCGAUGCCGCAGAAGGAAGUGAUCGUAAACGCGCAGACCAUCGAGGCCAAGUUCCCGGGACUUCUGGACAAGGGACUCGCCAAUCCGUCCAAGGACGACUACUACACGUAUGAAUGUUCCUUUUUUGAUGAUUUCUGAUUCCGUUCAAUUUCCAGGCCGACUUUCAACAAGCGUACUGCGUACCUAGACGUCGGAGAGACGAAGCGACCGUGGUGA